UUUAGUGAUUAAAAUAUUUUUAUAAUUUGUUUUAAAAUUCAUUUGUUGUAAAUAAAUUAAUUUUAGUUUUUUGAUUGGAUUCGCCUGGAAUCCAACUGUGUAAAAUUGAUUCCUACAAUACUCCAAUUUCACCCAGAUUCCUCCCCUUUCAAUAUUUUUACGCUAAUUUUACCAAUGAUUUUCAUCAACUAAACUUAACUGUGGAAUAAUAAAAUGUAAAAACUGUGAAAAGAUGUGCUGACGACAUGUUAAUUGGUUUUAUUGUUUAUUUGAUUUGUAUUAUAACUUCAAACUUGUCAAUUUAUGCUCUGAUUUCCAGCCAAAAUGACUUCAAACACUCGAAAUUCCACACCAAUCGCAAUUCUAUCACCAAUUCUAACACCAAUUCUAACAGUUCUAACAGUAAUUCUAUCACCAAUUCUAACGGUAGGAACAAGUUAUUCAGGGGCAGACUUGCGUUAAUACCGUUUGAGAGUGGCUAUUUUAACUUUUUUAAGAAGGACAAGUCAAAUGACUUUAAUGUGUUCAACUGGGCCUCCGACAACUCUCCCACUGAGGAAGAGAAUUCCCCCGGAUUAGUAACGAAUUUGGAGGACUCUCUGAAGCCCAAAACUGUUGAGGACCUUCAAGACGUCUCAGUUUACCAAAAGAUUUUGGAAGGUUCCUCUUGUAAAUUAUUUCUGUUAAACGACACAUUUGGCGGGAACAGUAAUGUAAAUGUGAGAAUUGGUAAAGCCCAAGCUAACAAGCUCAGUGUGAUGCCUGGAGACUUGCUAAAGGUAAAAGGCCGCAGGCGUAAAGUAACAGUUUGCGGCGUUGAUGUUACAGAGUCAAUUACUAAAAAUGAAGUCUCGUUUCACGAGGAUUUGAGGAGGAAUUUGAGACUCAGACUGGGCGACGUUGUGUUUAUGGAGAAGAUUAACACUGUUCCGGAAGCUAAAUUCGUACACAUCCUACCCUUUAAAGAUACCAUCGAACCACUAAUCAAACAACUUAAUACUCAAAACACUGAUGAGGUGAGAAAAGUGGUGAAGAAUGUGUUGUAUGAGUAUUUUUCUGGAGAGGUGAGUGGUGGGAGUGGUCGUCCCGUGCGGGUUGGAGACCACUUUACACUUUGUGUCAAGGUUACUGGCCCUGGCACAGUAAAGCUCUCUGAUGACUCAGACUACCUCAAAUUAGAGUUUAAAAUUCUUAAAAUUAAAGCGUUUUCUAAGCAAUACGCGGAUGUCCUCGUUGACAGUGACGUCGGGUUAAUUGUCGGAGAAAGCGUCAUUGACAGCAGUGGCAACUAUUUAACACGUGAAAAUCACGACGAUUCCUACGGAGAAGUGGGCUACGACGAUAUCGGAGGCAUGAAUAAACAACUUUCGAAGAUCAGAGAACUCAUUGAGUUACCGCUCCUGCAUCCGGAACUCUUCAAAACCGUAGGAAUUAAUCCACCAAAAGGCGUUAUACUACAUGGACCACCAGGCUCUGGUAAGACGUUGGUGGCCCGUGCGAUAGCGAACGAGACUGGCGCCAAGUGUUACGUCAUAAACGGCCCUGAGAUAAUGUCAAAAAUGGUCGGGGAAUCGGAGGAAAAGCUCAGAAAAACCUUCGAAAACGCCCGUAAAAAUGCGCCUUCAAUUAUUUUCAUCGACGAAAUCGACUCCAUUGCUGGGAAAAGAGAUAAAACCUCUGGUGAACUUGAGAGGAGAUUAGUCUCACAAUUACUUACUCUCAUGGAUGGAAUUAAUCAAUCUGACAAUAAAGGCCUAAUAGUGUUAGCGGCUACGAAUAGAAUUAAUUCGAUUGACAACGCUCUGCGUAGAUUUGGCCGGUUUGACCGUGAGAUUGAAAUGGUCAGCUGUGACGAAAAAGAAAGGUAUGAGAUCCUCAAGGUCAAAACUAAGAACAUGCGCCUGGCUGACGAUGUUGAUUUACAUCGAAUUGCCAAGGAGUGCCACGGCUUUGUCGGCGCUGACAUCGCCCAGCUUUGCUUCGAAGCCGCCAUGAGCUGCAUCAAGGAAAAUAUUAACUCACCAGCAAUUCAUCAGUAUUACUACGCCGAGGAAAUUCCACAAGACAUACUCAGCCGGAUGCUCGUGAGGAACAAGCACUUUAUGGAGGCGCUGUCGGUGUGUAAUCCGAGCAAUCUCAGGGAGCGAAUUGUGGAAAUCCCUGAGACCACCUGGAACGACAUUGGCGGGCUCGAAAGUGUUAAAAACGAACUCAUUGAAACUAUUCAGUAUCCACUACAAUUCCCUGAAAAGUUUGUCAAAUACGGACAAUCUUGCAAUAAAGGAGUUUUAUUCUAUGGACCACCAGGAUGUGGUAAAACAUUAUUAGCCAAAGCUAUCGCACACGAGUGUAACGCCAAUUUCAUCUCCAUCAAAGGCCCUGAGCUUUUGACAAUGUGGUUUGGUGAGUCAGAGGCGAAUGUGAGAGAAUUAUUUGACAAGGCGCGUGCUUCAGCGCCUUGUAUUUUAUUUUUUGACGAGAUCGACUCCAUUGCCAAGACCAGAAGUAGUAACACCAGCACCGGCUCCGAAGCCGCCGACCGCGUCAUUAACCAAAUUCUCACCGAAAUCGACGGCAUCAACGUCAAAAAACCAAUCUUCAUCAUCGCAGCCACCAAUAGACCUGACAUAAUUGACCCUGCGAUAUUGAGGCCUGGGAGGUUGGGUAAAUUGAUAUAUAUUCCGUUACCUGAUUUGAAGAGUCGUGAGAACAUAUUUAAGGCAAGUUUAAAGAAUUCGCCACUCGCUCCCGAUGUUAAUAUUUCCAAAAUGGCACAACAACUUGAUGGAUAUUCUGGAGCUGACAUAGCUGAGAUAUGUCAUAGAGCGGCUAGGGAAGCGAUUAGGGAGAGCAUUGAGGAAGAAAUCAAGAGAAAGAGACCGCUUGAAAAGGGUGAAAAAGACCCCGUCCCUUUCAUUACCAAUAAACACUUUCAAGUCGCAUUAAGGAAUUCGAGAAAAUCUGUGGAGCAGUCUGACAUUCAACUGUACGAAUCUUUCAAAAACAAACACAUCACAUAAUUAAUAAUAUAAUACACUAUUUA